CUGGGAAUCCGUGUGACACGCGUGUGAUGGUUGACACAUUGGCACCAGGCUGUGAUGACAUGGAAGGCCCAUUGUUGAAUGUGCACCACUGCCCAACGCCCAACCAAAUUCAACACCCGUAUACUAAAUUCUCAGAAUGGAAGUUCAAGCUGUUCCGGGUCAGAUCCUUAGAGAGCACAUCGUCUGAGGAAGAACAAUAUUCCCGGGAAACAUCGUGCACCAGUUCUCAGGAGGCAUCUCCGGGUCUUCAGCAGGACUCAGAAGACCUUAGCAUGAGGUCCGAACCAGGACCAGUUACAGAUAUCAAAUGGCCAGAGAAAACCGUAGAUAACAACCAUGAACCAGAAGUGCAAAGACUGGAAGGAGAAGCCCAUUCAACCUUUUUGCAACAGCUGUGUCGUAUUUGUGGGGCUUCCUUUAAGAUGGAUGGACAGAACAGAAAGUAUCCUGUCCAUGGUCCUGUUGACAGCGAAACCUUGAAGGUACUUAGGCGAAGAGAGAAGAAGGCGACCUCCUGGCCGGACCUCAUCUACAAGGUGUUCAAAAUCGAUGUAAAGACCGAUCUAGACACCAUCCACCCGACGCAUUUUUGCCAUAACUGCUGGAAUAUCAUGAACCAGAGAUUCAGCCACAAUUCCAGCGAAGUUUAUUUUCCCCAUAACAAAACUGUUGAGUGGAUGCCUCACUCGGAGACUUGCAAUGUUUGCAAGUCCACCAAAUCCUGGGGGAAAAGGAAAGCAGGAAUUCAAACAAAUGCCCUGCUUGCCAAAAAGAAGAAGACGGGGGUUGAUAUUGUCAAAAAGGCUAAGAACUUACACCACGUGAAGACCAACAAAGCUUUUAACCAGAUCAAAGUUCAUUGCAAGAAAAUCCACCUGGACACCAGUCUGCUGGUGGUAGACUAUCCAGCUGACUUCAUUAAGUCUAUCUCCUGCCGGGUCUGUGAGCACAUCCUCUCCGACCCCGUGCAAGCAUCAUGCAAGCACCUGUUCUGUAAAAGCUGCAUUCUUAAAUACAUCAAGAUCAUGGGUUGCUACUGCCCAUCUUGCAGAUACACCUGCUUCCCUACUGACCUCACGACCCCUGUAAAAUCCUACCUCAACAUUUUCAAUUCCUUGGUCAUAAAAUGCACGGUGCCUGGGUGCGACGAGGAGAUCACCUUAGAAAAGUAUGGCGCUCACAUCUCCAAACACAAAGAAACCAAAGGCAAAGAAGCUUACGCUCAUAUUAACAAAGGGGGCAGACCCAGGCUACACCUGCUCUCAUUGACAAGAAGGGCUCAGAAACACCGUCUUAGAGAGCUGAAGAUGCAAGUGAGGGCUUUUGCUGACAAAGAAGAAGGGGGAGAUGUUAAAUCGGUGUGUUUAACACUUUUUCUGCUGGCCCUGAGAGCCAGAAAUGAGCACAGGCAGGCAGAUGAGCUGGAGGCCAUUAUGGAAGGCAGAGGAGCAGGUCUUCAUCCAGCUGUUUGUCUUGCAAUAAGAGUUAAUACAUUUCUGAGCUGCAGCCAGUACCACAAAAUGUACAGGACUGUCAAAGCUACCACCGGAAGGCAGAUCUUUCAACCACUCCAUGCUCUGAGAAACGCAGAAAAGGCGUUGCUUCCAGGCUAUCAUCCUUUUGAAUGGAACCCACCGCUAAAGAAUGUUUCUACCCGUACAGAUGUUGGGAUCAUCGAUGGCCUCUCGGGUCUCAACAGAUCUAUGGAUGAGUACCCUGUGGAUGCAAUUUCCAAAAGGUUUAGAUACGAUGCAGCCCUGGUCUCUACGUUAAAGGAUAUGGAGGAAGAUAUCUUGGAGGGCUUAAAAUCCCACGAUCUAGAUGAUUAUCUGACAGGUCCCUUCACUGUGGUUAUUAAAGAGUCCUGUGAUGGGAUGGGAGAUGUGAGCGAGAAACAUGGGAGCGGCCCAGCGGUACCGGAAAAGGCAGUCCGUUUUUCCUUCACAAUCAUGACAAUCAGUGUUCUCGAUACUAAUGGAUCUGUUCGGAUUUUCGAGGAGACUAAACCCAACUCUGAACUUUGUUGCAAACCACUUUGUCUGAUGUUGGCCGAUGAAUCGGACCACGAGACUUUGACCGCUAUCUUGAGUCCUCUCGUAGCAGAAAGAGAGGCCAUGAAAACAAGUGAGCUAAUGUUAGAGGUCGGCGGAAUUCUUCGGAAUUUCAAAUUCAUAUUCCGGGGAACCGGGUACGAUGAGAAGCUAGUGAGGGAAGUGGAAGGACUUGAAGCUUCAGGCUCACAUUAUAUCUGUACGUUAUGUGAUUCUACUCGUGCGGAAGCUUCCCAAAACUUGGUUUUCCACUCCAUCACCAGAAGCCACUCUGAGAACCUGCAGCGCUAUGAGACAUGGAGAGCAAACCCAUACCGUGAAUCCGUUGACGAGUUGCGAGACAGGGUCAAAGGAGUUUCUGCCAAGCCCUUUAUUGAAACCCUCCCGUCCAUCGAUGCUUUGCACUGUGACAUUGGUAACGCAGCUGAGUUUUAUAGAAUAUUCCAGCUGGAGAUUGGCGAGGUCUACAAAAACUCCAACUCAACCAAAGAAGAGAGGAAGAGGUGGCAGGUCAUUUUGGACAAACAUAUUAGAAAAAAAAUGAAGUUAAAGCCCAUCAUGAGAAUGAAUGGAAAUUUUGCCAGAAAACUCAUGAGCAAAGAGACAGUAGAAGCUGUAUGCGAGUUGGUCCAUAACGAGGAGCGGCAAGAGGCUCUCAGAGAACUGAUGGAUCUGUAUCUCAAAAUGAAGCCAGUUUGGAGGUCCUCAUGCCCGGCUAAAGAAUGCCCAGAACUUCUAUGUCAGUACAGUUUUCACUCACAGCGCUUUGCAGAACUCCUGUCCACCAAGUUUAAGUACCGAUACGACGGCAAGAUCACAAAUUACUUCCACAAAACCCUUGCCCACGUCCCCGAGAUCAUAGAGCGUGAUGGCUCUAUCGGCGCUUGGGCCAGUGAAGGCAAUGAAUCUGGGAACAAGCUCUUUAGGCGCUUCAGGAAAAUGAACGCCAGGCAGUCUAAGUUUUAUGAAAUGGAAGACGUACUGAAACACCAUUGGCUGUAUACCUCUAAAUACCUCCAGAAAUUUAUGAACGCUCAUAUUAUGCUAAAAAACCAAGGCUUCACUUUAGAUGUUGAGCAAAGAGUGCCUCAAGAAGAAGAGCUGGGCUGUUCUAUGGAAACUUUAGAGCCAAUGGAGUUCUGAACACUAUA